AUGGCCCCGCGCGCCCGGCGGCGCCGCCCGCUGCCCGCGCUGCUGGCGCUGUGCGCGCUGCUCGCCCCGCUGCAGGUGAGUCUGCAGGUGGCUCCUCCCUGCGCCAGCGACAGGCAUUAUGAACACGCCGGGCGGUGCUGCCGCAAGUGCGAACCAGGAAAGUACUUGUCUUCUAAAUGCACUGCUACCACUGAGAGUGUGUGUCUGUCCUGUGGCCCGGAUGAAUACCUGGACACCUGGAACGAAGAAGAUAAAUGCUUGCUGCAUAAAGUUUGUGACACUGGCAAGGCCCUGGUGGCCGUGGACCCCGGCAACCGCACGGCCCCGCGACGCUGCGCCUGCACGGCCGGGUACCACUGGAGCCAGGACUGCGAGUGCUGCCGCCGCAACGCCGAGUGCGCCCCGGGCUUCGGCGCCCAGCACCCCUUGCAGCUCAACAAGGACACGGUGUGUAAGCCUUGCCAAGCCGGCUACUUCUCAGACACCUUUUCUGCCAUGGACAGAUGCAAACCCUGGACCAACUGUACCAUCCUUGGAAAGAUAGAAGAACGUCACGGGACGGAAAAAUCAGAUGUGGUUUGCAGUUCCUCUCUGCCAUCUAGAAAGCCACCGAAUGAACCUGAGGUUUACUUGCCCAGUCUAAUUAUCCUGCUUCUCUUCAUAUCCGUGGCGAUAGUUGCUGCUGUCAUCUUUGUAGUUUACUAUAGGAAACAAGGGAAGGCACUGACAGCUAACUUGUGGCACUGGGUCAAUGAGGCUUGUGGCCGCCUAAGCGGAAAUAAGGAGGCCUCUGGCGAGGGCUGCAUCAGCGCGCACACGUUGGCCGCCGCUCCGCGCGAGGCCUGUGAAGGCGUCCUGCUGCUGACCGUGGAGGAGAAGACAUUUCCAGAAGACAUGUGCUACCCGGACGGCGCGGCCGCCUGCGCGGGAGGCGGGCCCUGCGCACAGGGCGCGUGUGCUCCCACGCUGUCCUUGGUCAGUGAGCUGGACGUUGAAGGGGACUCCUUCCGGCAGAUCCCCACGGAAGAUGAGUACGUGGACAGGCCCCUGCCCCUGCCUCGGCCCGGAGGCACAGCCUCGCCGCCCUUCCCGGAGCCCCUGGAGGUGGGAGAGAACGACAGUCUGAGCCAGUGCUUCACAGGCACCGAAAGUGCGCUGGAUUCCCACAGCUGCCACCUGCCCGAGCCCCCGGGCGGGGCCGACUGGACGCCCCUGACCUCUGAAACGUACUUGCAAACAGAGGUGGAGGGGGGCGCUUGCUCCAGCUUGGCCCACGGCUGCCAAGGCUGCGCGAGCCCCCCUGGGGAGGACCGUGAACCCCUCACGGACUCCCCGAAACACGGACCCUUGCCCCAGUGCGCCUACGGCAUGGGCCUUCCGGCCGAAGAAGGAGCUGCCAGGGCAAACAGCGCCGAGCAGCCCGAGGACUGGGCAGACGUGCGGCUUCCGGGCUCCACUCGGGGAGGCGCUGCGUCCGGAAGCUCCCCUAGCGACCAGCCCCCUGCUUCCGGCACCGUGACCGGAAACAGUAACUCCACGUUCAUUUCCAGCGGGCAAGUGAUGAACUUCAAGGGCGACAUCAUCGUGGUCUACGUCAGUCAGACCUCGCAGGAGGGCGCGGCGGGGCCGGGGGGCGCGGCCGCGGAGCCCGUGGGCCGCCCGGUGCAGGAGGAGACCCUGAGCCGCCGCGACUCCUUCGCGGGCAACGGCCCGCGCUGCCCGGCCCCGUGCGCCGGCCCCGAGGCGUGGCCCGGAGCGGGGACGCAGGAGCAGGGCGCGCCCGGGCCCGAGAAGGCCUCGCGGCCCGUGCAGGAGCAGGGCGGGGCCGAGGCCUGA